AAGAAAAAAUUAGACUAUAAUUAAACAAGAGAAAUUGAAAGGAAACAAAUUAAUUAUCAGAGAUGAUUAUUAUAUUCAAGAUAAGAAAUUAUUUACGUACGACAUUAACUUAGAUAAAGUAAUACAACUAAAUAAUUUUUUUAGGAAGAAAUUGACUAAAUCCUCAGAACCAAUAAGGUGGGGAUUAGAAUGUUGUUCUAGAUACUUAUAACUACUAACUCAGAAAAGUUAAAUUGGAUAAGGAAGAAAUUGGCAAUAUAGAUAUACAGAUAGUUAACAACAAUUUAAUAGAUACUGGUCCUAUAAUAAAUACAAAUUGUAACAAUAGUAAUAAAUUGUCAAUAGGAUUUUGGAAUAUUCAAAACUUGCAAGGAAAGCUACAUAGUAUAAUCUUAAGAAAAUACAUGGAAUAUCACUCCAUCAUUGGUUUUACAGAGAUGUGAUUAACUGAAUUGCAUAAAGAAGACAAGGAAUUUUUAGAACAGAAAUAUAUAAUGAUAGUUAGCAAGGCGCAGAGGAUUAGAUUUGGGUGCCCAUCUAGUGGUCUCGUGCUUUUGAUCAAGAAACAUUUCGUGCAAAUGCCACCACCAGACAUUGAGCCACGUGGAGUUUUUGCCAAUAAUGAGCUUAAUCUUGCAGAAGUGAAAGUAUAUGGUUUUGACUAUGACUACACUUUAGCAGUAUAUAAAGAAUCUCUCCACUAUCUCAUAUAUGAUCUUGGUAGAGACUGGCUGAUUAAUAAAUUUAAAUAUCCAAAAGAAAUAGAGAAACUAAAAUAUACACCAGGUUUCGCAAUUAGAGGAUUGCAUUAUGAUAUUCAAAAUGGUCUUCUAAUGAAAAUUGAUUCCUUUCACCAAAUACAGUUGGGUACUGUGUACAGAGGCCUUACCCCACUAUCAAAAGAAGAAAUAACUAAAAUCUAUAAAGGAAUAUAUAUUCCUCAAGCUUUAAUAAGAAGUCAAAGUGGUGAGGAAGCAAGAAUGAAGCAAUUGAAUGAUUUGUUUUCAGUACCUGAAAUAUGCCUUCUUUCUAACAUAACAGAAUAUUUUGAAAAGAAAAAUAUUGCAUAUCAUCCUGAAAUUCUCUUUUAUGAUGUUCAGAAUGCAGUAAGAAGUAUUCAUCCUGUGAUGCACAAAAUGCUUGAUGAAACUUGCAUUGAUAAAUACCUCGAGAAACAACCAGAAUUAAUCAGGCUACUCAAUAGACUAAGAAAAGCAGGAAAGAAAAUGUUUUUAAUAACAAAUAGUCCAUACGAAUUUGUUGACUGUGGUAUGAAAUAUAUGAUUGGACCUAACUGGAGAGAGAUGUUUGAAUUGGUUCUUGUCCAAGCUCGUAAACCAAAAUUUUUCACCGAUCAAAGAAGACCAAUAAGAAUAUAUGAUGAGACAACAAAAAGCCAACUUUGGGAGAAGAUUACAAAGUUAGACAAAGGAAAGAUUUACAUUGAGGGAACAUUGAAACAAAUCCAGGACUUGACUGGCUGGUAUGAUAAUUCAGUUCUUUAUUUCGGAGAUCAAAUUUAUAGUGAUCUAGCAGAUUUGACUCUCAACUAUGGUUGGCGAACUGGUGCCAUUAUUUAUGAACUAGAGAAUGAAAUAACUAUACUGAAUAGUGAAGAUUAUCGUCAUACUGUGAGUUGGUUAUUGACUCUACAAAAUCUUCUAGAAACAAUGCAGGAUUAUGAAGACAGCGAAGCUAUAAUUGCAGAUCUACUUAAGGAAAGAGACGAGCUCAGGAUGAAAACCAAAUCUCAUUUCAAUCCCCAAUUUGGAAGCAUCUUCCGAACUCAUCACAAUCCAACUUACUUCUCACGUCGCCUCUUCAGAUAUUCCGACGUCUACAUGUCUCACGUCACCAAUCUUCUCAACUUCUCUCUCAAUCACGUCUUCUAUCCUCGCAGAGGAGCUCUUCCUCACGAGUGUAAAAUUCCCUACAUUUAAAAAUCACUUCGUUUUUUUUUAGGGAAAAAUGAAUCUAGAUAGAUGGAAAUUUUAUUGUAGAGAGAGAGACAGACAGACACCGUUUAUUUUCUAGAUGCGAUGAUUUAUAAACACUUUUUUAAACAUUGUACGGUGUGAAGAUAGUUUCUUAAAAUCGUGACUAAAAAAAAAAAAAUUAGAAGAGUACUCAAAAUUCGGGUGGCCGCCAUGUUUUUGA